AUCGAAAUACUGUACGUACAGACGUACUGGUUAAACAACGUAGACCCUUAUAAUAGGCAUACAUACACCUCUGUUUACAAAUAGAAACAUAUGCAAGAAUAAGUAGAAACAAAGAAAAGUAGCCAAAAAAAGAAAUGCAAGUUUACAUUCUUCUCUCGUUGGGCUUCCUGGCCGCGUGGGUGGUGUACUCACGGUGGACGGAUUCAUGGCGGCAGCGAGGCAAGUUCCCUCCGGGGCCGCCUCGUCUGCCGAUCAUAGGCAACGUCUUGCAACUCGGGCGGAACCCCCACAAGUCGCUGGCCGACCUCGCCAAACACUACGGCCCACUCAUGUCCCUCCAGCUCGGUACCCAAUUCGUGGGCGUGGUUUCGUCGCCGGAGAUGGCGAGGGAAGUGCUGCAGAAGCAAGGCCUUGUUUUCUGCAUGCCCUUCAGCGCCGAGGCGGUGUGCGUCCUCGGCCACGAGCACAUGUCCAUGGGCUUGCUCUCCACCAACUCCAACCAGUGGCGGAAGCUUCGCCGCAUAUCCAAAGAGCAACUCUUCUCGCCUCCAGCUCUCCAGGCCAGCCAACAUCUCCGGCGAGAGCGGCUGAUCAAGCUGGCCGACCACGUCAGCAGGUGCUGCGGGCAGGGCCGCGCCAUGAACGUCGGAGAAGCCACCUUCACCACCAUGUCCAACCUCAUGUUCGGCACGCUCUUCUCCAUCGAAGUCACCGGAUUCGACGCCGCCGAUUCCGGCCCCAAAAAGGAACUGAGGGAGCACGUGAACAAGCUCAUGCGGGUUGCCGGAGCUCCCAACGUCGCAGAUUUCUUCCCCAUCCUUGCUCCCUUUGAUCCACAAGGACUCAGACGCAAGCUCACUUAUCACCUCCGCUGCUUGAUGGACUUGAUCCAGACCCUCAUCGACGAACGACUGCAAGCACGAGCGGCGCUGCCUUACCACAAGAAGAAUGAUUCUCUUGAAACGCUCCUCGACCUCGUUGAAGGCCAAGAAUAUGAUUUUACCACUGAAGAAAUUAAGCAUAUGUUUGUGGACCUGAUAAUUGCAGGAUCAGACACAAGCGCAGCCACAACGGAAUGGGCAAUGGUAGAAUUGCUACUCCACCCCGACAAACUGGCGAAGCUGAAAGCAGAGCUGAAGAGUGUUCUUGGGGAGCAGAGCAUCGUGGAUGAAUCAGACAUCUCUAGACUCCCAUACUUGCAAGCCACCGUGAAAGAAGUGCUGCGGUGCCACCCGGCGGCGCCUCUCUUAGCUCCUCAUGCAGCAGAAGUUGAGACGCACAUAAAUGGAUAUGUGAUCCCCAAAAAUGCAAAAAUGUUUAUCAACGUUUGGGCCAUCUCCAGAGAUCGGAGCAUAUGGAAGAAUCCGGAGAGUUUCGAGCCAGAACGAUUUUUGGAUAACGGUAUAGAUUUCGGGGGGCAUCAUUUCGAGUUGAUUCCAUUUGGUUCGGGAAGAAAAGUGUGCCCCGGCAUGCCGCUAGCUAGCCGUAUGCUGCACUGCAUGGUGGCGACACUGUGUCAUAACUUUGACUGGAAACUUGAACAAGGGACUGAGUCCAAACAACUGCAGAGACAGGAUGUGUUUGGGUUAGUACUGCAGAAGAAAUCCCCUCUUUGGGCUAUUCCUAUCAAGCUUUAAUUCAUGCAUGCCAGAUGCCAAUUAUAUGUAAUAAAAGAUUAUUCCACCUGGAUAAUCUUCUACUAAAUUACGACUAAAGAGUUUUAUUACAGUUAUUAUUAUUAUUACAAACAUUAGAGCAAUGUCAUAUCGAAACUUAAAUCA